ACUGAAACUGAGAUUGUGCGGCCCAGCGAGCUGGGACCAUCGAGUCAUUCCGAUUUCUUAGGCCUAGACAAGCGGUCACGCGCGCAUCCACACUCUCACGAAAAAAAACCCAAGUCCGAUUACGCCAAAAUCAGUUUACAGCAGAGUGGUGCAACGCGAAAGUACAAUCUAUUUUCUUUUCAAGUGUCUGUGGAUGGUUCAAAAAUUACAAACUAAAAUUUCCAUCGUACAACAAACAACAAAAAAAAAACACUAUUUUUUUGACAGUUUAAGAACAGAAGAAGAAUUUCUGCAAAGCCGUGUGAACAAAUCUUAAGGAAGAGUCUGUAAGAGAAAGUCUAGAGAAGGAAAUAAAAAAACAACUCGAUUUCCGAUCAGCAUCAAAUCCAUUCUUAAAAUCCAAAAAUAUAUUCAAGGAUAUAGAGAAUCGCAAUAGCUAGACUGCGAUUUCAAAGAUUCCCCCCACCAGACCCCCCGAAAACAAAUCUUGCGCUGAAGAUCGUCGGUACCCUGGCAAGGAUUACCUCAGCCUUGCGUUCGCAAAACUAAUUCGAGUGGACCGCGGACUCCGACUAUCCCAAGCUGGGUAGUCCAUUCCUUAACACAACGCCCGCGGGUGGCAGCACCAAUCCCUCGCCCAUACCCACACUCUCGUCUGCUCCAGCGGCGGCCACAGUGGCGGCCAAGCAGUUGGCCCAGACCUUCCAGCUGUCCGCUAAUUCCGCGUUCAACCUUGCCCUGCCGCCGAGCUUCUACCGCCUGCCAGGCAGCAGCAGCAGCAGCAGCAAUCACACCGAGCCACAGGCUGCCACGCACACGGACUGCUCGGGCCUGGAGUACGGACACGGACACGAGCCGGAGAUGGAUCUGAUCAAUCCGUACAUGCGGCACCACCACGCCAUGGCCGCGGCGGACUACCAGCAACAGCUGGCGGACUACCACAGUGCGGCGGCUGCGGCGGCGGUCUACGCCAACAACAACAACAACAGCAGCAACAGCAACAACCACAACCACAACAGCAGGCCCCUGAUGCUGCUGAAGGCAGCGGCCCACGGCGGAGGCCUCAAGUCCUCGUCCGCCGAAGAUUCCCCUUCGACGACGCCGCCGCCCGCCUCCUCGCGCCUCCACUCGGAGUCGUCGCCAUCGCCGCGCUACGAGCACAACUCCAGCCCCGGCGUGGACAGCGCCAAGUCCUUCGCACUCAGCGGCGGCGAGGAGCAGUGCCAGAACAGCGAGUCCGCCAGUCCCCCGCCGCCACUCGACUACAGUCCCGAGAACCUGACCAGUCGCGGCAAGUUCCACCACCACCACUCGGUCAAUCCGUUGGCCCUGCACAACCACAACCACACCCACAGUGGGCAUCUCAACAACAACCACAGUGGGCACCUCAACAACAACAGCAUCAACAGCAACAGCAUGGGCAUGGAGCACAAGCUGCCCCUCAGCUUCCUGGGUCCUCCCCUGGCCGCCCUCCACUCGAUGACCACAGAGAUGAAGACUGCCCAGGGGGGGUCCGGGGUGGGGGCCAGCGGCGGUCCCUCCGCCGCCGGCAACGGCCUCUCCUAUGGCCACAGUCCAAACGCGCAUCUGAUCAGCGAUCGCGGCUCGGGUGGCAGCUCCUCGUCGUCCUCCACCACGGCCACCACCACGAACAGCCAGGGAGCCCCCAAUCCGCAUGGCAUCGAUACGAUUCUGUCGAAACCACCGCCGGUCACAUCGGCGGGCCUAAGUGCUUUAACAGGAGCUGGCAUACCCCGCUUCUCGAUUGCGGCCGCUGCCGCGGGCAUGGCCCAGUAUCUGUCGCAGAGCCAGGGAGCGCCGCUGAAGACCCAUGCCGGACACAUUGUGGACCGCACUCACCUGUACUGGCCGGGACUGCAGGGCCUGGUGGCCAAUCCGAUAGCGUGGCGAGAGCGUCUAUCCAAUACGAUGUCCGCCAAUCUAUCGCAGUCGCAUCAGCAUCAUCCAUCGAACGACAAGGAUGGCAAGAAGAAACACACCCGCCCAACAUUCAGUGGCCAGCAGAUCUUCGCCCUGGAAAAGACAUUCGAGCAGACGAAAUAUCUGGCUGGACCAGAGCGUGCCAAGCUCGCGUAUGCCCUGGGAAUGUCCGAGUCGCAGGUUAAGGUUUGGUUCCAGAAUCGUCGCACCAAAUGGCGCAAGCGGCAUGCGGCGGAAAUGGCCACGGCCAAGAGGAAACAGGACGAUAUGGGCGGCGAUAACGAUGGCGACUGCAGCGAGAACAUGGACAGCGACAACGAGAGCCUCGACAUGGGGGAGACCCCCGCCCAGAGCAAGAGAUGUCGCAGCAACAGCUCCUCCCAGCAGCAGCAGCAGCAGCAGCAGGAUAAUUAUCGUCAUUAAAACGAAUUUACAAAACGGCAAUGGAAUGAAAUUAAAUGAAAUGGAAUGCAACGGAAUAUACAAUACACUUAAAAUAAAUUUCAAAUGCCAGCUAAUUAGCUAAAAACCCAAGCAAAAAAGCAGCCACGAAAGCCGCAGCAGCAGCCACUAGCGAAAAAAAACUUCCAGAAUUUUUUUUUUUUGUCUUAAGUUUUAAGGUUUUGCCACUUUACCGUCUUCUGAAGACAUUCGCAUCAUUUUCCUCUCCUUAAAUCUCACUAAUUUCCCCCCAACCCCCCACCAACCCAUU